UUCAGUACAGCUUUUCCGUUACCUUUUUCUUUUCCAUUUUUCCCAGUUUCCCACUCCCCCAGUCUCGUGUGUUACACAUUAACCCGCCAAACGCAACUGUUAACCCCCACCUUUUGAUGUUUUCUUCUUCAUCAUCUCCCAGACUUCUCACGGAGAUUUCCGCCUUUGCUUGGAGUUUCUCCGUUACUUGCAGAACGAGGAAAUGAUUUGCAGACGAUUUUUUUCCCUCUUAUAGAUCAUCCACUUGUUGUUUGGCUCUCUUGUUCAUUUAUUACUGUUCUCCCUAAAUUUUGAUUUGGGGGAUGGCAGAAGUUGAGAGCUCUCCAGGAUUCUCGAGGAUGGGUUUCAAUGGUGUUGCAACUGGUGAAACGUUGAAGAGACGUCCAUUGGAGGAUGAGCUUGGUGGUGGUGGUGGUGGUGGUGGUGGUAGUUGUCCUCUUAAGUAUAAGCGGCGGAACGUGGUUGCAAAGCGGGAUUUCCCUAGGGGUUGUGGAGUACUAUUUUCAGAAAUGAUGAAAGGGGUUUCGAAGGAAGGAGAUGGGAAAUCUAGCCAGUCUAGUGUUGGGGAAGAGAGUGACAACAUUGUUGAACUUGAAUCUGUCAGGGAUUCUGGAGUUUUUGGCGGGUCUCAAGCUUCGGAAUCGUUGAACGGUUCGGUUGAGGCAGGGUCAGAAACUUCGAAGAUUUCAGGUAAGUUGGAAGUGAUUCAACCAGUGAAAGCUGUAGAGCAUGUAGAAUCGACCCGCAUAUCCCAAUCUCUGGAUUCUGAAGCUUCGAAGCCUUCAGAAACUUCAGAUCAGGUUGAAGAGCUUGAAACAGUGAAAGCCGUGGAGCAUGAAGCAUUGGCCUACAAGUCCCAAGCUCUGGAUUCCGAGGCUGCGAAACCGUUAAAAACUUCUGAGCAGGUGGAAGAGCUUGAAACCGUGAAAGCUGUGGAGCAUGAAACAUCGGCCCACAACUCCCAAGUUCUGUGUUCUGAGGCUGCGAAACCCUUGGAAAUUUCUGAGGUGGAAGAGCUUGAAACGAUGAAACCUCUGGAAUAUGAAAGAUUGGACCGUAUAUCUCAAAAACUGUAUUAUCAGACUGUGAAGCUGUUGGCCACUUUGGAUCAGAUGAAAAUGCCAGGACAAACCCAAAAUGUUGAGGAGUCAGUGGCAACAAAGUGGCCUGAGCAUUCACGCCAGAUAGAACUGCCUGAAUUGUCCAAAUAUUUAGAAUCUCAAAACACGAGUGACAGUGGGUUGGUGCUGCCAGGAGGUUCUGUUCUACCGGGGACUUCUGAUGUGUCAAAGGUUUCAGAUCAACCACAACUGUCUGUGCCAAUUGUUGAAGCUACUGUUAAGAGCCGUCUGAUUCUUAAAGUUUCUAGUAGAAGAGCUUCGGUUAUCCGAGAAUUCCCUCCAGGUUGUGGGAUAAAUUCUCAUACUUCGAGCAGGGAAGAGAAUCUGAAAGCAAUUGAUUCUUUGAGAGACACAAAUGCGGAUGAGGGUUUUGGCAAAGAAAAGGCGGAGCAAGUUCAAGUUAGAACAACUUCUGGCAUUAAAUUAAAACAGAAAGUUAUGAAAGAAAACAGCAUCAGAUCUCCAAGGCAGACUAUUACAGAAGUUGGAAUUCCAAAUGGGAAACUCGGAAAGGAAGUAAAGCGCAGCAAGGACAAGAGUUCCAAGAGAAUGCAUGAGAUUCAAGAUGAAGUAAAUGCUGUUAAUCAAUCUCAUGGAACAGAAAUUGUUAGUUUGGACCCUUCUGGUAAGAAGGAGAUUGUGCUAGCUUUGAUGGCUGCGCCAUACUGUCCAUGGAGGCAAGGGAAAAGUGCUAUAAAAUCUAGCCCAAUAAUUGGCACGGCCAGGAACAAAGCAAAGAAGGAUGAACUCAUGGUCAUGGUACAGGACAAAACUGCUUCCAUUCCCAAGAAAAGAAGAUCUGGAUCAGAAAAUUCGGAAGGAAAAUCUAAAAGUAAGAAAUUGCUUCCUGCUGAAAUUCUGGGUCAACUGGUUCUGAGGGAUGAGGAUUUUACCGUGGAGCAUCAUCAAGAGGAUGAAAAUGUUCUUUUGGAUGAAAAACCACAAGAUUUCGAAGCGAACCUUAUUCCAUUUGGUCGGGAUGGUGCUAAAGUUACUCGGGAAAAAGUUAGGGAGACUCUACGUCUCUUCCAAGUGAUCUUUCGGAAGUUCUUACAGGGAGAGGAAGCGCAUUCAAAAGAUCAAGGGAGCAAUAUCAAACGGAUAGAUCUACAUGCUUCAAAUAUCCUCAAGGAGGCAAAAAAAUGGGUUAACACAGAGAAAUUCAUAGGUCCUGUCCCUGGGGUCGAAGUUGGUGAUGAAUUUCAUUAUAGGGUUGAGCUUGCUAUUGUUGGUAUUCAUGGACCCUUUCAGAAUGGUAUAGAGUCCAUGGAGAAAGAUGGAAAAGUUCUGGCCAUAAGUGUGGUAGCCUCAGGUGGUUAUGCUGAUGACAUGGACUAUUCUGAUGUAUUGAUUUAUUCUGGUCAAGGAGGAAGGCCAAUGAGUGGUAAGAAGCAAAAGCAAGCUGAAGAUCAAAAGCUCCAGCGGGGAAACCUUGCACUGAAGAACAGUAUGGAUACAGGAAAUGUUGUGAGAGUUACCCGUGGAUUUAAGGACGCAAGUAGCUCUGAUUCUGUCAAUUCAAAGAGUAAGAUAACUAUGACAUACACCUAUGAUGGGCUUUAUGUAGUCGAGGAUUAUUGGACAGAAUCAAGCUGUUACGGUACUUCUGUCUUUAAAUUUAAGUUGAGAAGAAUUCCUGGCCAGCCGGAGCUUGCUUGGAAAGAGUUGAAGAAGUCAAGGAAAUCCAAAGUUAGAGAGGGUCUCUGUGUGGUUGAUAUUUCUGAAGGGAAAGAGAAGAUGCUCAUUGGAGCUGUGAACACCAUUGAUGAUGAGAAACCUCAGCCAUUCACUUACGUAACUAAAAUGAUAUAUCCUGACUGGUACAAUCCUGUUUCUCCUAAGGGAUGUGAUUGCACCAAGCGUUGCUUGGAUCCCAGUAUAUGUUCCUGUGCAGCCAAGAAUGGAGGGGAGAUCCGAUUCAACUAUGAUGGGGCCAUUGUGGAAGCAAAACCUCUUGUUUAUGAGUGUGGUCCUUCUUGCGGGUGCCCUCCUUCUUGCUAUAACAGAGUCAGCCAGCGUGGAAUCAAAUUUCAGCUGGAGGUUUUCAAGACUGAAUCCAGGGGCUGGGGUGUCAGAUCUUUGACAUCCAUCCCAUCCGGAAGUUUUGUAUGCGAGUAUACAGGAGAACUGCUUCAGGAUAAGGAGGCUGAGCAAAGAACUGGUAAUGAUGAGUAUCUAUUUGAUAUUGGCCAUAACUAUAAUGAUCCUACUCUUUGGGAGGGACUCCAGAAUGUAAUACCAGACCUGCAACCAAGUUCUACUUGUGAAGAAGUCGAGGAUGCGGGCUACACCAUUGAUGCAGCUCAGUAUGGGAGUGUUGGAAGAUUCAUCAACCAUAGUUGUUCUCCAAACCUUUAUGCACAAAAUGUUCUUUACGAUCAUGAUGACAAGAGAAUGCCCCACAUAAUGCUCUUUGCUGCUGAGAACAUUCCUCCCUUGCAGGAGCUAACUUAUCACUACAAUUAUACAAUAGGUCAAGUUUAUGAUGCUGAAGGCAAUGUGAAGGAGAAGAGAUGUUACUGUGGUUCUGCUGAGUGCAGUGGGAGGCUUUAUUGAGCAGUUUGCAUCCUUGUCUUUCUUUCACUCUGUAGUUUUUGUAUGCAUCAAUUACUUGGUUGUAAAUAAUUUCUUGCAUUUUAAUUACACCAUGGGUAAUCCUUCUUAGAAAUAUGAUACUUUAGUGUUUCCAACAUGCUAUCGCAGGUGCAGACUCAUCUCAGAGGCACCAUUUAUCAUGGUUGAUGAACAAUUUCCAUAUUUUUUGAUAUUUUGGAUUCUAUUAUUAGCUUGAGCACCUCCUUUGAUA